AUGCAUUUUCAUCAUACAAAUCCUAAAUGGCAAAUGCCAAAACAAUGCGAAGUUUAUUUAGAAAAAAUACAAGAACGAGCUGUUGAAAGUAUGCAAACAUCAUCGAUGCUUCAACAAUCACUCGGUCAAAUGCAAAGAAGUUUCUACAGUGAUCCACAAUCUACAUCAUCAAUGUAUAAUCGUUCGAUGAUGCCAAAAACAUUGAAUAAUGCAUAUUCUCCAACAUAUACAACUGUAAAUAUGUCAGUACAACAACCAUCUUCUUCAAUAUCACAGAGUGGUAUAACAAAAUCUGAUUCACCUUAUCGAAGUUUGGCACCAUAUGGUGUUCUUUCAAAAAUUCAUACACAAAUGUUUGAAUCAUCAAAUUCAAAUUAUUUAUCCGGUUCAUUAGCACCGCUACAAAGUGUACCAAGUGCUGCUCAAUUAGAUAUGAAUGUUUCAUGUUUAUUUAUGCAUGAAUUACGAUAUAAAUAUAAACAUGGGGAAUAUGAAGAACUUGAACAUAUCGAUGAAGAUCAUGAUGAUAAUGUAAAAUGUUAA